GCGGGGUCGUCACCGACGUUAGUUCCUUGAUUUCGCGCUUAGACUUGCCAUGGACGCGCCAUCGACGCCCGCGACGGCGGACUUCUCGUCUGCGCCGCCGAAGCGGACGAAAAUUGUGCUGCUGGGCGACCAGAGCGUAGGGAAGACGAGUUUGAUAACGAGAUUUAUGUAUGACACCUUCGACAACACGUACCAAGCUACCAUUGGCAUCGACUUCCUGAGCAAGACCAUGUACCUAGAAGACCGGACUGUACGAUUACAAUUGUGGGACACGGCCGGCCAGGAAAGAUUUAGAUCACUUAUCCCAUCGUACAUCCGAGACUCGUCAGUAGCCAUCGUGGUCUUUGAUAUCACAAAUCGUCAAUCUUUCAUGUCAACAUCUAAAUGGAUAGAGGAUGUCCGGUCAGAAAGGGGGAAUGACGUGAUUAUUGUAUUGGUAGGCAACAAGGCAGAUCUCUCGGACAAGCGGCAAGUGACCUUGGAAGAGGCAACAGCAAAGGCUCAGUCACUGAAUAUAAUGUUCAUGGAGACGUCUGCCAAAGCCGGUCACAACGUCAAGAGCCUGUUCAAGAAGAUUGCCAUGUCCCUCCCUGGAAUGGAGACGCCUGCUCAGUCGUCCGACGGCAACACGAAAAUCGAUGUCACGACACCAGCGAACACCGAGGUACCAGAAGCAUCGCAGUGCAAUUGCUGAUUGGUGGCGUUCGUGUACAGCUCAGCCCUCGAUCGUUGGCUAUCCUGGUAUAUACCUAUUAUAUAUUGGCGUGGUAUUUUUACCGGCCAUUGUAAUUAUGUCGUGGAUGGAUUAUUUGAAUCACAUAGGCCACUUGGACAAAGGUUGACGGGUACAAGGUGACGUCGGCUACUAAUACAAUGUACAGACUGCUUUUCACGCCUCCCUCUUGCGCUCGAAACUAGCAUUAUCCCCUGUUCAUGGUAUUACCAGCUCCCUUCGGAUGGGUGUCCGUGUACUGCGCCCAUUUCUCGUCUUUCUGCCUCUUCUCUUCCACUUUCUGUUCCCCGAAAACAGUGCCAUCCAUCUCCGCAUCCAAGGCAAGCUGUUCGGAUGUAGUCAGUUUCUCAGCCGACUGUGGUCCUCCGCCGGUGAUAACAUUUCCGCGCUGACGUUCGAUCUCAAGAUACUCGUCGACGGUCAUAGUCGGCAGACGGUGAUCUGGGCCAAACACUUCGGCUUGGAGUCGCGCACGUUCAGCGGCAUUGGAGGGCAGAAUCGUGAACGGUCGCAGAGGUCUACCGCUUGAAUCCAAUAACGGUCCUCGUCCAUCUGGACCACCUCUGGGUACAGAGUCCAGCCGCCACGCGUCCUCCUCCUGUUUCCUCCGACCAUCCUCUUCGCCUUCUUUCGAGGCUGACUUCUGCGCCAAUGCAUUCCGUACAAGUUCCAGCUCCUGGGUCAGAUUUUCGUUCUGUUGGCGGGCUUGGGCGUAGAUCAGCCGGAGGAGGAGCAAAGUCACUUCGCGGAGAGCGUCCUCCACGUCGUCUUCAUCAUCGCUGUUGCCCGCGUCUUCCGAACCGCGGGAUAAGAGAGAGGUGAUCAAGUCAAAGUCGUUGGGGGUGCGGUCGCCUCCCUCAGGCCAUUGACGGCGGCGCUUCUGCAAAGCUUCGAUCUUUCCCCUGAGUUCUUUCUCGCGUCUGUACUGUUGUAUCUUUGCUUCACGUCUCUGGGCCGCGUUGGCCAUCAUGGCAGCCGACUUCUCGUAGGCGGCCAGCUCAACCUCCGUUAUGAUAUGAUAGUUCUCCAAGUUUGUCAAAAACGUCCGUAGGUGCCUCUGAGCUUGCAGCAACUGCGCGAGCCUCUCCUCCAUAUCCAACGUCCUAACGCGACCCUGCACCUCCGUGAUCACAUAGGGAACGAACAGAUACGCCAAAUCGCGGGUUGAGAUAUCCUCCAACGUCUCAUUCGCGCUGAAUAGCGACAGACUGCUCGCCCGCGCGUCCACAUGUCGAAGGUCUGCAAGCGCGGAUCGAAUCAAGUCCUGUGUUUUGUCCUCAAUCGUGGGUAGGUUGAAGGCCUCCGACGCCGUAGCCAAAGCUCGCUUGAAUUGCGCUGACAGUGUUAUG